AUGCUCCCCUUGUCACUGCUGAAGACAGCGCAGAACCACCCCACGCUGGUGGAGCUGAAGAACCGGGAGACCUACAAUGGGCACCUGGUGAGCUGUGACAACUGGAUGAACAUCAACCUCAGAGAGGUGAUCUGCAUGUCGAGGGACGGCGACAAGUUCUGGCGGAUGCCCAAGUGCUACAUCCGUGGCAACACCAUCAAGUACCUGCGUAUCCCUGAUGAGAUCAUCGACAUGGUGCGGGAGGAGGCCGCCAAGGGUCGAGGGCAAGGGCGACUGCCGCAGCAGCAGAAGCAGCAGAAAGGCCGAGGCAUGGACGGUGCUGCCCGAGGUGUGUUUGGUGGCAGAGGCCAGGGUGGCAUCCCGGGUGCAGGCCGUGGUCAGCCUGAGAAGAAACCAGGACGGCAAGCGGGCAAGCAGUGA